CCCCCAAUCCAAAGAUCUCUUCACAUCCACCCUCAGGUCUCCAGCACGAUCCUUGGAGUCACUGGGUCAGAGAAAAGGGGGCUGUAUUGGACCUGGGCAAUUAAGGCACAGAUGGCCACCCUCCCCAGGCCCACCCUCUGGGCUGUCCCCAGUCCUGUGGUUCACCAGGGAGCAGAUGUGACCCUCAGGUGCCAGGGCCACCUGGGGAGUGACAGGUUCCAGCUGUGGAAGGAUGGAGAGCUCAGAGAAGAGAGAAAUGCAUCCUGGGAACUGGCAGAGUUUGUGCUCAGGAAGGUGGAUGGUAAAAGAGAUGCGAGAAACUACAGUUGCCGCUCUGGGCAGGGGCCCUGGUGGUCAGAGCUCAGUGAACCCCUGGUCUUGGUGGUGAUGACAGAUGUCUUCCCCAAACCUAUGAUUUCACAUUCAUCUUAUUACUCAAUAAUGCUAGGGGACAAAGUGACCAUCAGGUGCCAACUGUCACAACAGGCCCCCUCUCAGGACUACACCUUUGCCCUCCUGGGUGCAGAGAGCCUGGAGCCUUUGCAGCUGCAGAGCCCUGCAAGGACCUGGGCUGAUUUCUCACUUCCAUCUGUGAGGGCCGAGGACUCUGGGAGCUACAGCUGUAUUUACUACAGGAAGAUGGCCCCCCACAAUGGGUCACAUCCCAGCAAGAGCUUGGAGCUGACUGUGCAUGGACAACUCCCCAAGCCCACUCUGCUGGCCCAGCCUGGCCAAGUGGUGGUCUCGGGGGCCAACCUCACUCUCUGGUGCUCACGGCCCAAGCUGCCUUCCCUUGAAGAGGUGACUUUCAGUCUGUCCAAGGCUGGCACCCAGGAGCCCUUACAGCAUCAGAGCUCAGCAGAGCCCUGGGCUCGCUUCUUCCUCCCUUCUGUGAGACCCCAGGACACUGGGAGCUACAGCUGCACUUACAGGGAUGGGAGAGCCCCUGCCAGAGGAUCAGAGCUCAGUGAGGCCCUGGAGCUGGUGGUGCCAGGAUCUCUCCCCAAGCCUUCCCUCUCAGCCCUCCCAGGCCUUGUGGUGGAUCCCGGGACACAUGUGACUCUCCAGUGCCGGAAGCCUCCUCAGUCACCCUUCUGGAGGGUGAACUUCACCCUGCUGAAGAUGGGGUCCCCCCAGCCCUCGCAGAGCCUGAGCCCAUCUGGAACCUCAGCUGACUUUCACCUCCUCUCUGUGAGGGCCCAGGAUGCUGGAAACUACAGCUGUGUCUACUAUGGGAGGAUGGCUCCCCGCCAGGUGUCUGAGCCCAGUGAGGUCCUGGAGAUCUGGGUGACAGGUGCACUUCCCAAGCCUUCUCUCUCUGCCUGGCCUGGCCCAGAGGUGGCUUCAGGAGCCAACAUGACCCUUUUGUGCUGGGGACCAUCCUGGGCUUCUAAGUUUACACUGUACAAGGAGGGAGGUGAACAAUUCCUACCAAGCACUGACAUCACUCAAGAUGGGGCCCAGUUCUUCUUGACUGCUGUGACCCCCCCACACUCUGGCAAUUAUAGCUGCAGCUACCAAUUCAACAAGAAUGGAAGUCUCUGGACACAAGUCAGUGACCCCCUGCAGCUUACAGUGAGAGGUACAGAGCCCAGUAACCCCCUCCUCAUCACCCUCAGUUGUGUUUCCUUCUUCCUCUUCCUCCUCUGCCUUCUCUUGCUGGCCUUGCUCUGUCGUCGAUCCAGCCCUAUGGGGUCUUUGCAAGGAUCCAGCCCUAGGAGGAGUCUUUGUUGUCCUUGUCUUCCUUGGAGUACCUGCCUGCCCUUUGACUCUGAGCCCCCCAGAGAGGAAAUCCUGUGUAAAGAAGCAUCCAAGGACAGAUCGAGGGAACCAUCGGACCCCAUGGCUGAAGAUCCCCAGGGAGUGACCUAUGCUCAGCUCAACCUAAUGACCUUGAAAAAGAGGAAAACUGAUCCCAAGGAGAUGCCCACAGAGUCCCCUCUCUAUGCAACUGUGUCCUUGGACUGAGGGUUGGGCACCUUUCCUAAAGUCAUUGUCUACUUUCUUCUCUUCUUCCAUCUCUUGUCCUCUCUCUCUCCUCUUAUUUCACCUGUUCUCUAGUACAUUUUCCCCAGGUUCCCAUCACUGAGGGACCAUGAUAGCUAUUCAGGUUAUCCACUGGGGGUCUAGCUUUGCACAUACCAAGUAUGCAUCCUAUAUCAGUCUACAAUGAUAAGAAACAUAUAAGAAACAUACAGAAUAGAAGAAGGGUGGUCAUCUCAGGGUGGGAAAUCACUAGCAGUUCACCAGGAAAGAUCUCUACUAAAUCAGAUUGGAACUGAAUUUUAAAGGAAAGAAGGUAAACUGUGACUGGGGAAAGGAUAAAUUCCAAGCAUUAGGGACAUCCACCACAGUGACUAUUGUGUACAAGGACAGAAAAUCAGCCAGUGUAGAUAGAUGGCUCACAGAAUGAAAGGAGAGAAAUGAAGUGUAAGAAGACUGGAAAAAGGAGGAAGCCACCGAAACUCAUCACUUCACUGUCAUCCUCCUCUCAUCACCAAACCAUGUAUCCAGUUUGGUGCCAAGCCCUCUCUUUUCUAUCUUCAUAACAUGUCUUGUAUAUGUCUCCUUCUUGCCAAUCAUAUAGCCACUACCCUGAGGCUCACCUCACAAAUAGACUCUUACAAUCUCCUGCUGGUGGGUCUGUCUGCCACCAAUCUCUCCCAGUCCAGUCUAUUGGCCAUUCAGACUCUACCCUGAUGUUUCUAUUUAUUUAUUUGUUUAUUUGGAAUUUUCCCCGUUGCAUGUACAAAUAAAUUUUCAUAUCGAUUUUUAAAA